CAAAAUAUCAGUUUCUCAUGAAGAAUCCAAAAAAACUGUUAUAAUACUUACAUAUUUAUUAGAAUUAUUCACGUUUCGAAAGUGUCUGUGGCCUUUACACUUUCCUUAGAAUCCCUUGACAGCGUUUAACCAGUUACAAGAGGUGAUCAUAAAAGCCUAUAGUACAAUUUUGAAGGAUUAUCAUUACUUUUUACUUUUCUGACUUCUUGUUUCUAUUUAAUACAGCAUCCUUAGAAUAUUUUAAUUGUUUCUUUUGUUGCUCCAUCAUCUUUCUACUGGAGAGGUGAUAACGAAAGUUUGCAAGAAGCUUUCCAGCUUAUAAGUGAUCAUUUAACGUAAAAUUUGACUUACCUUUUCCUCUCAACAAGGGCUUUGGUUUCGUGGACUGCUUGAAUUGCAUCAUUGUUUGCACAUUCAGUCACUGGAAAGAGACAAAGAACUGGGCAAGACCUAUUACGAGAGUUUUAUCUGAAAAUUCGAUAAGUUCAAUUGCCCAUUGGCUUGUUGUGAAGCUUAAUUUCGGUUUCGUUGAGCUUUUACAUUUUUCACCAACAGGGCACAAUCCAUCCUUCGUUACUAAGCCUCCCCUCCGAUUUUCCCUUAUAGAAAUCCCUGAAGUUUAAUUUCGGACUUAAAUUGUUAUCGUUAUCGUUUGUGUUUAAGUUUGAGAUUCUAAGUCGCUUUUUAAUCUAAAUCCUAAUUCAACUUUACGCCGACAUAGAAUACACCGCUAUGAAUAAGCCGGCUCUCGUUUUUUUCCUUGUUUUGUCCCUGGUUGUCGUUUUCACGCUCCAUCUUUUCUGGGGACCCAUCAAGUUAUUUUUUAUAGAUUACCGGACAGACGUUUUGAAAGCAAACGAUUUGUUCGACGAGUUUAAUUAUCCGCUUAUCAAUAAUGCGACAGAAAACGUCCCGCGCGUAAUUCAUCAGACUUGGAAAACCGAAGAUAUUCCUGAUAAAUGGAAAGAUGCUCAGAAAAGUUGCAUCAACCUGCAUCCCGACUUUGAAUAUAAGUUAUGGACGGAUGAGGCAAUGCGAGAUUUUAUGAAAGAAAACUAUCCCUGGUUCCUUCCUCAGUAUGAUGCGUACCCUUAUAACAUAGAACGCGCUGAUGUCGUUCGCUACUUCAUUUUAUACCAUUACGGUGGUAUUUAUUUAGAUUUGGAUGUUGGUUGUAAUCGUUCUAUGGAGCCUUUACUGAAAUAUCCUGCGUUUGUUCGAAAAACAAGCCCCAGUGGUAUUAGCAACAAUGUUAUUGGAAUCAGGAAAAAGCAUCCUUUUCUGCUCCAAGUCAUCCGUACUCUACCAUCUUAUGCUUUCAACUAUCAUUUCCCUUAUCUAACAGUUAUGUAUUCGACGGGCCCUUUAUUCUUUUCUAUAGUUUGGAGAGCGUGGCGAAGUCUCCCCAUGGCUGAAGCCUGGCACCACGUUUGGGUCUUGACCUCUGAUGUGUACACCGGUUCCAAAUAUUCAUUCUUCAACAUUUUUGAAGGAUCAUCCUGGCAUGAUAACGACGCUGGGUUUGUAUUUUAUAUGCUCCGACAUUGGUUACUAUGGACUAUACUUGGUUUUGUAUUAUUUUUCUUUAUCGUUUUCUUGUUAUUUGGAUCUUCGCUAAAGCCUGCUGCCAGAGUCUCUCGAUCUAGCAGAAGAGCUUUUGGUAGUCCCUUUUCAAGUAAAUCAUCAUCUCCUUGGAGAAAAUUUAAGCAAUACGUUUCCACUGAUGAAAGCAGCGAUCAGCAGAAUUCAGAUUCUGUACCAUUCAUGGUCGAAUUCGACCUCGAAUCUCAAACGAGGCCAAAGAGUCCGUAAAAGAUUUAAUUUGCUGUCACUAUUGUUUUCGUUGUUACCGUUUGAAUUUUUUUUUGCAUCUUCUUUUAUUCGUAAACCAAUACUUUCGUUUCUCUUAUGUUUGUUAUCUAGCGAUCGUUUACAUUCUUUAUAUUAAUUAUCUUAAAUGAAAUUUAGCUAA